AUGCAGUUCUGGGGUCAAAGAAGGGCAGGCGGCCAGGGGCCGCAGGGGGUCGGCAGGCGCGGCAGGGGCUCCCCUCACCCUGCCCCCCACCGCUGCCCCCCAGGUGGCUGCGCCUCGGUGGAUCGCUGGUCGGCCGGGACCCACGAGUGCUCCAUCUACAACGCCUACCUGAGCCUCAUCCAGGGCAGCCAGCACUACAUCUACAUCGAGAACCAGUUCUCAUCAGCUGUGCAGCCGAAGCGUUCGGUUUUCAACGCGGUGGGGGACGCCAUCGUCAGCCGCAUCCUGCAAGCCCACAGAGAGCAGACGCGGUUCCGGGUCUUCGUGCUGCUGCCCCUGCUGCCCGGCUUUGAGGGGGACAUCGCCGAGGGGGGGGGGAACUCGAUCCAGGCCAUCCUGCACUUCACCUACCGGACGCUCUGCCGGGGCGACUCCUCCAUCCUGAGCCGCCUGAAAGCCGCCAUCGGGGACGAGUGGAAGAACUACAUCUCCAUCUGCGGGCUGCGCACCCACGGGGAGCUGAGCGGCACCCUCAUCACCGAGCUGAUCUACAUCCACAGCAAGAUGCUCAUCGCCGACGACCGCCGGGUCCUUAUCGGUUCUGCCAACAUCAACGACCGCAGCCUGCUGGGGAAACGGGACAGACGAGUGGCCUGCUGGUGGAGGACACGGAGCUGGUCCCCUCGGUCAUGGGCGGGGAGCCUACGAGGCGGGGAAAUUCGCACUCAGCCUGCGCCUCGACGCUUCAGGUCGCCUUCUGGGGGCCUCAAGCACGCCACCCCGACAUCAGGACCGGUCAGCGACCACUUCUUCCACGGCACCUGGAAAGCCACGGCCUGGCCAACGCCAACAUCUGAUCAGGUGAGCAGGGAGUGUUCCGGUGCUGCCACCGACGCGGUGCGGUCGCUCCGGGCGCUGCGGGAGUACGUGGGGGUGCAGAACCUGGCCUGCGUCAGCCCGGAGCUGGCCCGCCAACACCUGGCCCAGGUGCGGGGCCACCUGGUGCAGUUCCCGCUCCGGUUCCUGGCCGAGGAGUCCCUCCUGCCCCCCCUCAACAGCAAGGAGGGCGUGAUCCCCGUGGAGGUGUGGACCUAG